AUGAAUUGUGUGGAUGAGGUUUGGAGGGAAGAGGUAACUGGGACAUGCUUAUUUCUGUUGGUUGCAAAACUGAAAAAGCUUAAGCUGGCUCUCAGAAGGUGGAACAAAGAGGUUUUUGGGAGGGUUGAUCGGUCGAUUCAGGAAUUAGAGGAGAACAUGGAUGGUCUUGAGGUCCGGAUGCAAGAGGGGGUUCUCCCUGAGCUAGAGCAUGAAUAUUUACGUACAAAAGCUGAUUUGAAGCUUUGGGAAAAUAGGGAGGAACUCAGAUUGGCUCAACAGGCUAAAAAGAAAUGGCUUAAGGAAGGAGACCGUAAUUCAAAAUUCUUUCAUGCGGUAGUAAGCCAACGUAGAAGAGCUUCCGUUGUUUCAAAAAUGACCCUCCCGAAUGGGGUUGUUUUGGAUUCUCAGGAGGCGAUUCAUAAUGCAACGGUGGAUUAUUUCCAGACUUUUCUCACGGGGGAGGGACCUACAGGGACUCCCGAUUUGAGUGGUUUAUUAUCCCCGGUGGCUAAUGUUGAUGAGAACUAUGAGCUUGUUAAGGAGCCUAUUGACGAGGAGGCGACUGUGCUUCCUCGUAUGAUCUCAUGGGAACAAGGUGCUUUUGUUCCGGGGAGUAGUAUUUUUGAGAAUAUUACUCUAGCACAGGAAAUGGUACAUUCACUCCAUCGCCAUACUAAUGGAGGGAAUGUAAUGCUGAAGAUAGAUAUGGCAAAGGCGUAUGAUAGAGUUGACUGGUCUUUCUUAAGAUUGGUUAUGAAGGGUUUUGGCUUGGCUGAUUCAGAAGUCCUUACUCGGUUGCUCCGGCGAAAUUUUGCUCAAGGUAGAAUUACCUCUUAUUUUCAUCCAAGAGGAGCGCCCUUGGUUUCGCACCUUCUUUAUUUAGAUGAUCUCCUUAUUUUUGCAAAUGGGGAGAAGAGAUCCAUUAGAAGGCUUCUUCGUAUGUUGGAUCAGCUUUGUGGAACGAACUUUUCCAGCCAAGUACUUAGGAGUGCCACUAGUGACAAGGAGGCUUACAGCAAGGCAUUUGGAACCGUUGGUGAACAAAAUCCACAAGGUGGCAGGCUGGAAAUUUAA